AUGGAGGCCGCAGACCAGACCAGGGCCCGUGGGCUCUCUUUGCCUCCUUUGCCGAGGGCCUUGUUUGGCUAUUUUUGGCAGUCUUCUCUUUACGGCCAGUUUGGUGUUUCCUCACAUCUCCAUGACCUGUCCCCCUGGAUUCACGAAUCCAUCACCGAAGGCCGAACUCACGUCGCCAAACCUAAACACGCAGAGACAACCACAAAGCACAACACCGCUGACUCCGAACAGUCCAACGCACAAGCCCAAAUCCAAGACACAGCCCCAGAUCACAGCAAUGCCAUCCGCCACCGAGUCCCAAUGAACUUUGGUGGCAAGAGCAGAGAACAAGAUGAACUAAUCACGUGUCGUCUCGUAGGACUCCUUGUCGGCUUUCCGUUUCAACCAUCGUCGGUAUGCGAAGAGUGCUAUGAUUCCAAGCACGACGAUGAAAACGAUUACGAAGACAAGCACCACCCCGCGGUUCCUUCGCCGGUCAGGCAAUGGACUCAUCGCGCGUUGUUUGACAUUCAGCAACCGCUCAUACCUCGUUGUACCAGGACUACUUCCAACGUAAUGACCAAGGAGAUCCUCAGCCAAAGCAAUGACAGAAAGGAAUAUAUCGAUGGCGCUGGGAAAGACACCUACUGUUACACCAAUGAAACGAAUUGGGACGACAAUGUGAUUCAAACUUGCAAAUUGCGACGGAAAGCUCAACAAGUACUUCAGCAGACGGCGGUGGUCUUGUCGAGGGAAUAUUGA